GUAUUUGAAUUUCUCGAAAAAUAUCUGCAUCGUUCGAGUGUAGACAUACGUAAAUAUACGCAAGAAAAAGCGUUCUAAUGUUAUUGCAUAAAUGAAAUUAAAAACUGGUAACAGUACUGUCUGUUACAAAUAUUUAUAUAUGAAUUAAUCACAAUCACGUGGUCGUAUCUGUUCGUAUAUAAGUGUCAUUUCGUUGUUCUUGUUGCCGUUAUACGCCACCACCUCCGUGUAUUAACAGGAGAAAUUUUUUAUCAAUUGUUAUAAGUAGUGUCGUGCCGUAUUAGACGGGGGGUAUCAAUUCAGCAUGGAGGCAGUAGAAAAUCCACCUUUGCCUUAUUGGGGAAGAAUUCCAAAUGGACUUCAACCAGGAAAGAUGAUAAUGAUUUCAGGUUCUGUUAAUCAUGGAGCAAACAGAUUUCAUAUAGAUUUUUCAAGAGGAAAUACUAGACAUGAUUGUGAUAUAGCAUUACAUUUUAAUCCUCGAUUUGAGCAGCGAGUAGUAGUUCGAAAUAGUUAUGAAAAUGGUAGAUGGCAAAAUGAAGAAAUAGAACCUUAUUCUUUACCAUUUACUGUAGGAAAAGAUUUUGUCAUUCUUUUUUUGGUAGAACAGAAUCAUUUUAAGAUAGCAGUAAAUGGUCGACAUUAUACAGAAUUUAAGCACAGAUUGCCUUAUCAAACAAUUGAUAAGUUAAACAUAGAGGGAAGUGUAAAAAUAAGCAGAAUUGAAUAUACUUUUGAAUCAUAUCGACCUCCUCCUGGAGCCCAAAUAUGUCCACCAGCACCACCAGUUUUACAGAUAUGUACACAGGGACCAUAUUUACCAAAACCAGUUAAUUUCCAACCAGUAUAUAAUCCUAGAAUGCCAUUUAAUUACACUUUUGCUGAGCCACUACUGCCAUCAACAAUGCUUUAUAUUAGUGGACGUGUUACUGCCUUUCCUAACAGCUUUACACUUGACUUUCGAUGUCGUAUUGGUGAUCAGCCACCUGCAGAUGUAGCUUUUCAUUUUAAUGCUCGUUUCAAUCAAAAUGUAGUUGUUCGCAAUAGUUACAUCAAUAGUAGAUGGGGUGCAGAAGAAAGACACGGUCGAUUUCCUUUUGCUCCGGGUACUCAUUUUGAUAUGGUUAUCAGAAUUGAGACUGACAAAUUCAUGGUUGCAAUUAAUGGAGCACAUUUUACUGAAUACAGACAUCGUAUUAUGCCUCUUUCCCGUAUUUUCAGUCUUGAUUUCAAUGGAGAUAUUGUAUUAUCAUGCAUUAAAAUGUCAAGAUCCUAAAAGCCAUACAUUUUUUUUUUUUUUAAAGUAUUCUUCAAAUUUAAUUAAUAUUUCUAUUAAAAAUAGUACUUACAUAAUUUAGCAAGGAAUUAAUUAUUUUUGAAAUAUUUCUACAUACUGUUUUCAUUUCAUAUUAUCUUAAAAUUUUUAAAUAUUAAUUUUUUUCUGAAAAUUUAUUUUGAUAUGAUGUAUAUUUGUACUGGGUACCUUUUUGCAUUUUUAGUUCUGAUAGUUUAUAACUUAUAUUAAAAAUACUGUGUAAUAUGACAGUCAAAUAGAAUAAAAUAUAAUAUUAUAUGGUUAGAAAUAAAAGAAUCAAAACACAUAAAUUUUUGAUAUAAAUAUAAAUCUUUUAAUCAUUGAUUAUAUUUAAUCUUUCUUUAUCAAAGAAACAUGAUAAAGAUUAAGCAUUAAAUAGAAUAGAAAUUAUAGUUUUGUUUAUGCAAAAAAAAAGGAUUCAAUGAAAUCCAAAAUGUGAUAAUCUACUUGAAAGUAUUUAUAAUCAACUCAGGAAUUAAAUCUAUAUAUUAUUCAGUUUAUUUUAAAAAAUUGUAAGAUGUUAAAUAUAUAAUGUUAAAAAAAACUUGACAAAGUUAUAGCUACUUUUUUAAGAAAAUCAUACAUUUCAUUAUACAAAGCAUUUUUUUAAUUGAUUAGAAGUAUGUACAGGACAUUGUUGGUGCAUAAAUAUUUUAAAAUAGCUCCUAUAGAAAUAACUAAGGUCAGAAAUUUAAUUUUGUGUGAUUUGUAGCAUUCUGUUUUCUUGUAUAAAAGCCGCCAUUGAAAAGAUUUUUGAUUUUAAAAAUAUGUACAGUAUAGGUAAAAAUAUAAUAAAUCAAUAAUUAAAAUGAAUCAUUUAUUAUAAUUUUUAUAUAGCAGAACUAGUCAAUUUGCUUCUCAUGUACCUCAGUAAAAUAUUGAAUAAUAAAGAAUUUUUGGAUAAA